CUUAUUUUCACUCCCCAAGCCGUCGGAUCAGAGAAGCAUAGUCAGCAUUGUUGCGCCCUUAGCUCCCUCACGGCGGUACCGUCAGUCAACUCCUCGUCCACACGGUUGUCGUCCUCGUUAAGGAUUUUAAGAUGCCCAAGAAAGCUCGCUUCAAGAAAAACGCAAGAGUGUCGCCACCGCGUCAGCAGCCUAUAGUUGCACCUCCUGUGUCUCCACCAUCCGAUGACGAUGACUGGCUCAUCCCUCCACCCCCCAAUAAUGGUGGUGUCUCCAGUGGGGCUAUUCUGCAACCCUUUUGUCCACCCAGGAGCGAACCAAGACCUGUGUCACAUGCCGCUAGCGGUUCACAAGUGACGGAACCGUGCAAUGAAGACAUUGAUCCGGAGGCGCAAGAGGUAGAUUCGUUUGAGGAACACAUUGAAAGGAUUUUAGAGAAUUCUGAUGCUGAAAAGCACAAAGGACGAAAGACCACUGAGUUUUGGAAUGUUGAUCUCAUUGAUUCUGAAGGAAUUGUCAAGCCAGCUAAAAUGAGUGUGAGAGAGGCUAUGGAGCGGUCUCUUAAUGGUAGCAAGAUCAUACUGAGGUUCAAUGAAGAACUGCAAGCAGUCGGAGAUGGAGCUGGCCUGUUGAGUGGCAUUCUAGGAGCGCUGGGUUCUGAUUACAGCAAAUUUCCUAUCUGUGAAAAGAGUUGGGCAAAGAUCCGGGGCAAAGAUAGGGUUUAUGAUGAUUGCAUAAAGGAGAUGUUCCACUUUCAGGAUAGCAGUGGUAUAAUCAAGAAAAAACUUUUACAGCAAAUGGGAAAGUCCUGGAAGGACACAAGGGGGAGGCUAUAUAACUCCCAUUACAACCCAUUAUGGACACUUGAGCAGAAUCUUGAGAAGCGCCCGGAGGGAAUUCCUAGAGAGCACUGGAAGUGGUUCAUUGACUAUCGUAAUGAUCCUGCGACAAAGGCGAAGUGCAAGCAAAACAGGCUGAAUCGAAAGAAGCAACUUUACACGGACACUGGCGGUUCUAAAAGCUUGGCUAGGGCAAGAGAAGAAGAGUCAGAAAAGCAAGGGAGGAAAGUUGGUAGAGGAGAAAUAUUUAUCCUAAAGCACAAAAGAUCUGAUGGAAGUUAUAUACAUGAAGAAGCUCGGAAGAUUGGUGAAAAAAUACAUGAGAUUGAGCAGCUGGAUGAAUCUACAAGAUUAUUGUCACAAAAUGAUUCCCUUGCCCAAGCUCUCGGUAAAGAGCACCCGGGUAGAGUGCGUGGGAUGGGACACGGGCCAACACCAAGUCAACUCUUCCGUCCGAGUUCGCAGCCGCCGGUGGAUAGAGCUCAACAAGAAGAGACCCAAAGGAUGCUGUGUGAACUACAGGCGGAGGUGACAACCGCAAACUUGAAGCGAAAAGCAAUAGAGGAUGAAUUAGCAAUUGAGAAAACGAAGAGGCAGGCAAUAGAGAGUGUGCUGAGUUAUCUGGUCCAACAGCAUUGUGGGGAGCUGCCUCCAGACAUCGCUGCACGGAUGAAUUGUUUGGACGGACAUGGUAGAAAAUAGAGAUUAGGCUAUAUGUGAUACUCUGUCUUUCAGUAUAUGUUUAGUUUAU